UACAGUGGGAGCAGUUUAGCAGCCUGGGACUUUGUUUAUUUACUAUAUAUGUUUAUUAUUCAGAAAGUCACGUGGUACAGUUAAACAUGUUCAGCUGCUGCUGGUUUCUGCGCAUGACAACUACAGGCUCUAAUUUCUAACUCUGGUGUUGCGCAGACUCACUAAAGCUAACCAGGCUAACGAAGCUAACGACGUCAGGUCGUCCACCAGCCUCCGUUUACUGUAAUACAGUCUCUGAAUAAACCUCCAGGCUGCAUAAGAUUCGGAUUUGAAGGUCCAAUAACGCAGAAACCAUGAAGAAGAAACCGCGGCGUCUAAAGAUCUCCUCAACGCAUCAGACAGCAGCCGAUGGAUGUGAGGGGAGGAAGACUGAAGACAGAGAGACUCUGCUGAACACCACAGACAGCUUGACUCCUGAAAGGACGGCGAUGGACACAAACUCUCACUGCAGCGUGAUAAAAGAUGACGAAGAGAAAGACCCAGAGAGCAAGUCCAGAUGUUCAGGAAGGACGUCCAGCGCCGUCUGUCGUCUCUGUCAUGGGAAGUUCUCCGCGCGCAGUCUGAGGCAUGCCUUCAGCAGGUGGCCUCCGGGGCCGCUGCGGGCCCUGGAUCCGGCCGCCCCGUCGCCCCUUUUGGACCCGGCCGCCCCGUCGCCCCUCCCGUUCCAUUCGGACUUUCAGCGUCUGGUCGGGGUCCAGUUGGACAGGGAUCCGCGGCUCUCGGACUUCAUCUGCAAAAGGUGCCACACCAAGUUCUACAAGUGCCACAGCAUCCUGUGGCGGUUCCUGCAGAGGGUCAACCUGCCGGCGCUCGGAACCGGGAACCGGAGGAACCUGAAGGGUCCGAACACGCCGGCAAAUGACUCGCCAGGAAAACCACCGUGCUUCCCAUCUUCAGAACCGCCGUGCUUCGCCUCCGACCCAGAGUGCCUUCACAGCCUGGUGGGCUGGGCGCACCGCCAUGGCGAGGCCUGCACUUCCUGUCCCGACCUGAAGGAGGUGCUGGAGGGGCGGUGCGGGGGCUCGCUGAGGGCCGUGUGGGGCUGCGCCGACGGCCACCGUUACAUCAUGGACACUCGGAACGCUGCCGCCGGUUACCUGGGAGACCAGGUGGACUACUGGGGCGGAGCCUCAUGGAGGCAGAGCAACGAGGAGGUUGGAGUCGAGAAGGUUCUGGAUGGACGGAUGGACCCAGGAACCCAACAGAACCAGGACGACUGGGCCGAAGGUUUUCCUGAGGAGGUGACCUCGCCGGGACCGGGACCGCUCCAGGACCGGACCGCUGACAGCGACCUGUCGGACAGGGUAAUCUCUGAGGAGGAGCUCCAGGAAAACCGGGCCCGGUCCGACGAGGAGAUGUUUGACCCAGUCCAGAACCAGAGAACCUCUAGGCUCAGCAGAACCCGGAGGAGGCAGAAACCAAAAACCUCGGAGGAACCCCGAGUCCGAAAGAAACCUGGACCCAAACCGGGCUGGAAGAACCAGUUCCGGCCCAAAGGGGAGGAGCUUCCCAACAUCUACAAGUGUCCGUACCAGGGCUGCACCGCCGUCUACCGAGCGCCUGACGGUUUGAAGAAACACAUUAAGGAGCAUCAUGAGGACAUGAGGGAGCGCCCGUGUCCCCAUCCCGGCUGCAACAAGGUGUUCAUGAUCGACCGCUACCUGCAGAGGCACAUCAAGCUCAUCCACACAGAGGAGAGGAACUACAUCUGUGACCAGUGCGGUCAGACCUUCAAGCAGCGGAAACACCUGUCUGUUCAUCAGAUGAGACAUUCAGGAGCCAAACCGCUGCAGUGUGAGGUUUGCGGCUUCCAGUGCCGCCAGCGGGCGUCCCUCAAGUAUCACAUGACCAAGCACAAAGCCGAGUCCGACCUGGCCUUCGAGUGCCGGACCUGCCGCAAGCGCUUUGAGAAGCCCCACAACCUCAACGUCCACAUGUCCAUGGUCCACCCGCCGGUUCUGGCCGAGGCCCGGCAGGCCGGCCCGGUUCGCCUGCAGACCAUCGGCCUCACCGGAGAGUUGGUCCCGCAGGACCAGGACAGAUGACGGCCGGGGGUCCGGUCCGGAGGAGCCUGCCGCUGGACGCAGUUUUUCACAAGGUUCUUCAGACGGACUACAACAGAACCAGGAAGCAGAACUCAGCCAGGUCCGUCUGAAUUUCACUGUAGAAGCAACAGAUCAAUAUUUAAUCCCAUCGAUGAUGAUGGGAUUAACAGAGAAGCGACUUUCUGGAUUACGGCUCCAGUGUUUAGAAAUACAGCCACCCUUAUUACCAUUUCAUAAUGACGCUUUAUUUUGAAGGUCUGUUUUUUGAGUUCUGUGCAACCUUUCUGUGGAGGAUCAGUUAAUCCAGAUUAAUAAAUCCUGAUGGUUUUCUA